AUGAACGACGAAACCCAAUUCACUGAAAGAGCACUGAACAUUUUGACGAUUGCUCAAAAGCUCGCUCAGGACCAUCAACAUGCUCAAUUGCAGCCUAUUCAUAUUUUGGCCGCGUUUAUUGAGACACCUGAAGAUGGUUCUGUUGCGUAUUUACAGAACUUGGUUGAGAGAGCCCGCUAUGACUAUGACCCUUUUAAAAGAGCGGUCAACAGGGCGUUGGUACGCAUCCCACAACAACACCCUGCACCUGCGCAGAUAACUCCAAGUUACAGCUUGGGCCAGGUAUUACAGGAUGCUGCUAAGAUCGAAAAGCAACAAAAGGAUACAUUCAUUGCGCAGGAUCACAUUUUAUUCGCCCUGUUCAAUGACUCUUCAAUUCAGCAGCUGUUUAAGGACUGUCAAGUGGAUAUUGAGGCAAUAAAGCAGCAAGCUUUGGAAUUGAGAGGUAACCAAAGAAUAGAUUCUCGUGGUGCCGAUACCAACACACCUCUGGAGUAUUUGACCAAAUACGCUAUAGAUAUGACAGAACAAGCAAGACAAGGUAAAUUGGAUCCAGUUAUUGGUAGAGAAGAAGAAAUAAGGAGUACUAUCAGAGUAUUAGCAAGAAGAAUCAAAUCAAAUCCAUGUUUGAUUGGUGAGCCUGGUAUUGGUAAGACAGCAAUAAUUGAAGGUGUCGCCCAAAGAAUAAUUGAUGAUGACGUUCCAACUAUUUUGCAAGGCUCUAAACUUUUCAGUUUGGAUUUAGCUUCUUUGACUGCUGGUGCAAAAUAUAAGGGUGAUUUUGAAGAAAGACUAAAGGGUGUUUUGAAGGAGGUUGAAGAUUCGAAAACCCUGAUAGUUCUUUUCAUCGAUGAAAUCCACAUGCUUAUGGGUAAUGGUAAAGAUGAUGCUGCAAAUAUUUUGAAACCUGCUCUAUCGAGAGGACAAUUGAAAGUCAUUGGUGCUACAACAAAUAACGAGUAUAGAUCAAUUAUUGAAAAAGAUGGCGCGUUUGAGAGAAGAUUUCAGAAGAUAGAAGUUCCCGAACCAACAAUUAGGCAAACGGUUGCAAUCCUAAGAGGUUUACAACCCAAAUACGAAAUUCAUCAUGGUGUCAGGAUCUUGGAUAGUGCUUUAGUGGCAGCAUCUCAAUUGGCGAAGAGAUACCUGCCUUAUAGAAGAUUACCAGACUCAGCUAUCGACUUGGUCGAUAUAUCCUGUGCUGGGGUCGCAGUUGCAAGAGAUUCAAAGCCGGAAGAAUUAGAUUCUAAAGAGCGUGAAUUACAAUUAAUCUCAGUUGAAAUUAAAGCCCUAGAAAGGGAUGAAGAUUCUGAUUCAACUACAAAGGAAAGGUUGAAACAAGCAAGACAAAAGGAAGCCUCUUUGCAAGAGGAAUUGAAACCAUUGAAACAGCGUUAUGAAGAGGAAAGACAUGGUCACGAGGAACUAACUCAGGCUAAAAAAAGAUUGGAUGAUCUAGAAAAUAAAGCACUAGACGCAGAGCGUAGAUAUGAUAAUGCAACAGCUGCAGAUUUGAGAUAUUUUGCUAUUCCAGAUAUUAAAAGGAAAAUUGCAGAAUUAGAACAACAAGUUGCAGAAGAAGAGAAGCGUGCAGGUGCAAGUUCAAUGAUUCAAAAUGUUGUUGACUCAGACACAAUUGCCGAGACAGCAGCAAGGUUGACAGGUAUCCCAGUGAAGAAACUAACAGAGUCCGAAAAUGAAAAACUAAUUCACAUGGAAAGUGAGCUUUCAUCAGAAGUUGUCGGUCAAAUGGAAGCAAUAAAAGCCGUUUCAAAUUCUGUUAGACUAGCAAGAUCAGGUUUGGCAAAUCCAAGACAACCCGCAUCAUUUUUGUUUUUAGGGUUGUCAGGGUCCGGUAAAACUGAACUGGCUAAACGCGUCGCUAAUUUCUUAUUCAAUGAUGAAAAUAUGAUCAUUAGAGUUGACUGUUCGGAGUUGAGUGAAAAACAUUCGGUGUCCAAGUUAUUGGGUACAACAGCCGGUUAUGUUGGUUACGAUGAGGGAGGAUUGUUGACUAAUCAGUUGCAAAACAAACCAUACUCUGUUCUUUUGUUCGAUGAGGUUGAAAAAGCGCAUCCUGAUGUUUUGACCGUACUGCUGCAAAUGCUCGACGACGGAAGAAUCACAUCCGGACAGGGUAAAACCGUAGACUGCUCAAACUGUAUUGUUAUAAUGACAUCUAACUUGGGUGCACAAUUUAUAUCGGCACAGCCAGGAUCAAAGAUACAAGAGGCAACAAAAGGCUUGGUCAUGGGUGCUGUUAGGCAACACUUCAGACCCGAGUUCAUUAACAGGAUCUCUGGUAUUGUGAUCUUUAAUAAGCUAUCGAGAAAGGCCAUCCACAGAAUCGUCGAUAUCAGACUGAAAGAGAUCGAACACAGGUUUGAAGAGAACGAUAAACACUACAAGCUUGAUGUUUCCAUGGAGGCCAAAGACUUCUUGGCGAAGUACGGUUACUCCAGUGACAUGGGUGCAAGACCAUUGAAUAGACUAAUUCAGAACGAGAUAUUGAACAAGCUGGCAAUAAGAAUCUUGAGGAACGAGAUCCGGGACAAAGAAACCGUCAAAGUAGUUCUGAAAACGGGUAAGACGCGUGGUACCGGAUACAACGAGGAGGAGGAAGAGGGUUUGGAAGUCUUACCAAACCACGAGCCCUCUACAAAAUACAACAUCGACGGUAUGGACGUCGAUGAGGACAUGCACGACAACGAUGACGAUGUCGAAGCUGCGGGCUUGGAUUAG